UAUACUUAAGACUUAGGGUAGCAAUUUCAGCAUCUUAGUUUAGAAUCCACUUGAUGAACAUUGAAUAUGCAUUUAGUUGCUCUUUUAUGAUGUACGUCACUAAGGAGUUUUCUCCAUAUUGCCAAAACUAUUUUGAGAAUUCUCUGCUCCAUAUUACCUCUGCAUCAUUAGUGAAUACUUGCUGAACGGAUUAUAUAACAAGUUGGAUCACUGACCCCUGCAGGCCCAGUUGAUUCGAGACUAUGACAUCUACGGAAUGUGAUCAAAGUGUCAGUGAGGUGGUGCCGCGAAGGUGGCUAACUCGCCUUCGGUUUCUUGAGAUGAUCGAAAGUGUGUCACGUCGAGCGCUGAGUGGCUCCAGUGGGAGCUACCACGUUCGUGGUGCAGAACUGGCGCGAGAUAGAAGACUCAAGACCCUUUCAGCCACUGUUGUCUUUUUAGAUGACACCCAGCAUACUUUUCAACUAGAUGUGAGUGCGAUAGAAAAGUCAAUGUCAAAUACAUCUUACCAAUAUAAAAGGGCAAAAGGGCAAGCACUUUUGGAUCUAGUAUUUCAACACUUAGAGCUUAUAGAGAAAGAUUACUUUGGCUUACAAUAUGCUGAAAAUGGACAAGUCUCAACGUGUCCCAAUCUUGAUAUAAUGAGAUGGCUGGAUCCUUCGAAAUUAGUUAAAAAACAAAUGAGAAGCAAAGGAGGGCAAUUUUUUUUUAGGGUAAAAUUUUAUGUAUCGGAUCCAAGUAAAUUACAAGAAGAAUAUACAAGAUAUCAAUUUUAUUUGCAAAUAAGAAGAGACAUUUUACAAGGAAAACUUCAACUACCUCCGAGUACUGCUUGCCUUAUUGCAAGUUAUACCGUCCAAUCCGAACUUGGAGAUUAUCAUCCAGAAGAGCAUGGACCUGGAUAUCUUUCGCGUUUACAAUUAAUACCAGGACAAACCGAAGAAAUGGAGAGAAAAAUUUCAGAAUUACAUAAGCUGCAUAAAGGUCAACUGCCAGCUGAUGCUGAAUUUAAUUUUCUUGAUCAUGCCAAACGUCUUGACAUGUACGGAGUAGAAUUGCAUAAGGCAAGGGAUUCUGUAAACAAAGAGAUCCAGUUAGGUGUAACAUCUAUAGGAUUGGUUAUCUUCCAAAAUAACAUAAGAAUCAAUGUUUUUUCCUGGUCUAAAAUUGUGAAGAUCUCAUUCAAGCGUAAACAAUUUUUCAUUCAGCUGAGGAGAGAACAGUCCGAGAAUUAUGAUACAUUAUUAGGUUUCAAUAUGCAGACGUAUCGUAGUUCGAAAAAUCUGUGGAAAUCGUGCGUGGAGCACCAUACUUUCUUCAGGUUACAUAGUCCUAAGCUACGACCACGUCGGUUUCCACUGGCUCUUAGCAGUCGAUUCACGUACUCUGGUCGUACCGAAUUCCAAACAGUCGAAGAUGGAAAGCAUCGAGCCCGAGUGGAAAGGACUUUCAUCAGAUCACCUAGUAAAAAAUUGAUUCAUGGAAUUUUACCCGUGCCUAUGUCGGAUGAAAAGGGAAAGUUAUUAACUCCCGGCAGGCCACCCAGGACGUACGAUAAUAAGGUUCAGUCUUUAGGUCCGCGUGAACCUCGUCAAGCAUGGGGAGAAGGAAAUCAAAGUGACGACGAGGGAGGUUUUCUGUCACUUAGAGACGAAGUGACAGGGACGCAUACUCAGGGUACCGGUAGUGCUUUCUCACCAAUGUUAGGGUCUCGAGUCUUAAGCUACGCGGAUGAUGAUACAACGUUGGAAAGAAAUAUUUACGACAUCCCGGAUUACAGCGAGCCCACGAGUUCACCAGCUCCGCAAGCUUUGGAAGAAGGAUUGGUAACCAUACGAAUUACUCCAGACGAACAGGGUCGUUUUGGGUUUAAUGUCAAGGGCGGUUUGGACCUGGACAUGCCAAUAUUGGUAUCGCGCGUUGCACCCAAUACACCUGCCGAUCGUUGCUAUCCAAAACUAAACGAAGGCGACCAAGUUGUUUAUAUAAAUGGAAUCGACGUUAAUGGAAUGUUACACGAGCAUGUUGUAAAUUUAAUAAGACAAUCGCGUGAUUCUGGUACUGGCGAACUCACGUUGACCGUGAGACCUAAUGCACUGUAUAAUGCUCUAGCAGGUACUGAGGAAACCUUGGAAGAAGAGCCUCCUUACAGGUACGUGCCGGAUGUACCACAUACUGCAGUUGGUUCGGAUGCACUUGCACAAUCGAUGUUGCUACUCGCCGAUGGUUUGGCUAGCGGAGCAUUGAUUGCUCAAUACGAACAGCUUUAUAGGAAAAAUCCAGAGCUCUCUUCUUUAGAAUCAAAGAAAUCCGAAAAUCAAAACAAAAACAGAUACCGAGAUAUUUCUCCAUAUGACGUAACUAGAGUUAUUUUAAUGGGCUGUUCAAAUGGUGAUUACAUAAAUGCUAAUUACGUUAACAUGGAGAUUCCUGGCUCGGGGAUAAUAAAUCGAUAUAUAGCGACACAAGGUCCAUUAUCAACGACGAUUGCCGAUUUCUGGCAGAUGGUCUUGGAAGCUGGCAGCACACUCGUUGUAAUGUUGACAACGCUGGUGGAGCGUGGACGAGCAAAAUGCCAUCAAUAUUGGCCGGCUCUCAAGGAAAUACUUACAUUAAGAAAUCUUACGUUACUCUGUACCUCCGAGACCGUUGAAGAAACCUUUGUUUUUCGAGAAUUCGUUCUCACCGAUACCAAUACGGGCGAAGAGAGAGACAUAACGCACAUGCAAUAUUGUGCCUGGCCGGAUCACGGAGUACCAAGCGACUGGAGGCAAUUCACGACGUUUACCGAGCGAGUGAGAGCCGCCCGCACGGGGAUCGUCGAGCCCGCUGUCGUUCACUGCUCCGCGGGUAUCGGACGCACGGGGGUGCUUGUGCUUAUGGAAACCGCACUGUGCCUUAUCGAGGCCAAUCAGCCAGUGUAUCCCCUGGAUAUUGUACGAUCGAUGAGAGAUCAGCGGGCGAUGAUGAUACAAAAUGCUAGUCAAUACAGAUUUGUCUGUGAAGCAGUUCAUAAAGCAUAUACAGAGGGUAUAGUCAAGCCUCUACCAGAAUUCAGUAGAUGAGAUCAAGAUCACUAAGAUGAUUUCGCAUCCUCGUAACACGUUAUGGGCGACAUUUAUCAUUUUCAUUUAACUUAGGGACAAAUAAACAAAAAAAUUACGGAUUAGCGCUCUUGGUUUUAACGUAUCUCGACAAUAAAGUUUGUUGCGACUCUUUAGAUAUAAUAGAUAUUUAUUAUAAAAAAAAUUUUAGAAUUUUUGAAAUAUUACUAUAAGUAGCCUUAGAUAUUUUGUCUUUAUGCGUGAUACGUGAUAAAGUAU